CAGUGUCCUCGCCAUCCGUGGCCUGCUUUGGGUUUCGUGAAGAAAAUAAUUUGAUAUUAACGAUACAUUACUACUAAUGUUUUUAAUAUGCCAAUUAAUAAACUUUAGACAAAAAUAAAUAAUUGUGAUUGUUGUGUUCAUCCUCCUGUGGCAUCCGUGAGACUUUAGUGCAGUGGGUGUGUGUGUGUUAACCGAUUGUUUAAUUUUGUAAAUGCAGUGACGUAUAAUUAAUGGAAGACUAUCCUGUGUGGGGAGCCGAGUAGCCGCUACAGCCUGAUACAGCCAGUCUUGAAUGGUGGUGAUGUUAUGCAGGAGAACAUAACAGCAAAUGUGUCCGAGGACACAGUCACUCUUGAAUUUCUGCGAUUAGAUGGAGUUUUUGUAUCACAGCUGGUUGAUUUUACAAAUGAGGUUGAAGCAAUGAAGGUUGUGAUCCCGGGCGAGGAGGAGCUGGGCCAGGCGGGGCACCAGGCGCUGUGCUUCCUCACGCACGCCGCGCAGGCCGACUUCAUCGCGCCCGACGCCAUGGCCAAACUCAGACAGAAAAACCCCGGCACUGUCCGUGUGGCUGAGGAAGACAAAGGCUGGCGGCAGACGACGGCGACCGCGUGGGCCGAGCGCGCCGCCAGCGUGCUGUCGCCGCCCGCCGCCCGCCAUUGCCAUCGCGCCGCCGUCUUCCUGCGCGCCGCCGACCUGGCGCGCUGGGCGCCGCGCCCGGGCUCGGAGCAGCAGUCGCUGGCGUCGCUGGUGUCUCCGUUCCCGGAGCGCGCGCUGUCUGCGGAGGGCGAGGCGGGGGGCGCGCGGGGCGUGCCCGCCUGCGCCGGCGCCGCGCAGCCUGCUGACGAGUGCAUCUGCCAUCUGGAGGUGUGCGUUAACUGGUACCCGUGUGGGUUAAAAUACUGCAAAGGCAAGCCCCAGGGCGGGCUGAGCUACCGCUGCGGCAUCAAGACGUGCCGGCGCUGCUACCGGCACCUGUUCUACACCGCGCGCCGCGACGCCUGCCCUCGCACGUGACGCCGCGCGCCGCGCCGCCCGCGCGACCCUGUCCUGUGCCAAAUACUCUACCACCUACCCUUAAGCAUAGCUUUGUUAUACUUUUAUAAACGCCACCGUGAAUGUUGCGACAAUACAAGCUUUACAUACUUUUGUAAAUAUUGUUAAUAAUUUAUAUUAUAUUGUAAGAGCAAAGUAAAAUAUUUUAUAAUGAUGAAA